AUGAAGGCUUCCCUCGGUCUGUUGGCCGGCCUGACGGCAUGCGUUCUCGCGGAAAAUUGCGAUCCCAUCGCAUACGAGCAGUCCAAUCCAUACGGCUUAGCAGAGACAAAGGACCCCAAAGUCGUGGAGAAGCUGGACGAAUACCUAUCGGACACUAGAUGCCACAUGAGAUCCGACGGGAUCGAGGAUGAUGUGAAGGAGCAGUGCAAGAACGUAUGCAUCCCAGGUGACAGCACAGCAGAGGGCCAGAUUGUUGUGUCUUCUCAAAGUUGUAUCUUUGGUGACAACCCCUGGUACCCGUUAGGUGGAUUGCAUCCCCUCCUGUGCGGUGAAGACAAAACGUACAAUGGUUUGAUGAUUAAGUCAGGCCACUGCGCUUGUGAUCUCCCAAUUCUGGAAUUCGCGGGUGAAUUCUUCAUCGAAGGACUCGCCGAAGCUGGCAAAAUCCUUGAAAAGGUUCUUUGUCCCGCGUUGAAAGCCCUCGACGUAGUAAUGGCCAUUGGGAUGGCAGCACUUCCCCCACCAGGACGAGCCAUCACAGGUGGAAUGGUGGCCGCUAUCCGAUCAGCGAAGGCGUACAAGUACGCCCAUGAAGCGCAAGACGCUGCGCAAGAGUGGGCCGACUUCUUCCUCAGUGGUGCGGACUUUGCGGGACAAGCAGGUUGCGACUCGCCGGUACCAAGCAGGGACGAAUUGAUCAAGAAGGCCUUUACUCCUCUGGUCGAUGCCCCGGACGAGCUUGUCCCGGGUGGGAUGAACUACGAUGACCUACCAUGUCCUGCGAAAGGCUGCAAAGGGUGCAAAGGUCCACGCUGCACGAGAAACGGCGGGAACGGAGACGGAGAUACGACCAAGGCUAGUGCCAAACCAGCUCCGACCACCGCAAGCGACCAUCUUAGCAGCAAAAUCUCACCGGCGGAAACGACUGUCUCUCCCAAGACUUCUUCAACUUCCGCGUCGUCUUCUCCAACCGCGUCUUCGGCUCCGUCGCCAGUGUCUUCGACUACUCCGCCAGUCACAUCGACAACGCUUGUUUCGUCCACUUUGUCGUCCUCCUCUUCAAGAGCAACUUCCUCCCUGUCCUGCAAAGAUUUGGCAGCGCUAGACAAAGAUGAAGUCGUAGAUGAAGCUGGUAUAUUACCACGAAGCUAUCCGAUCGACCUGAGAUAUCGUGGGCUCGAGAAGCGCGAUCGUAAGCGCGGUACCGCUUGUGACUACAGCCUACAGAGUUACCUGUACCCAAGCAGGGGGAGUUGGGGAGAUCAACUACCCAAAAGAUAUGGAUUCAACGAACGGGAUUCUUGCAACGACUACAGUAUGGACAAGCCAGACGACAGUGCAAAUGUCCUUUAUGAGACUGAGCACGUCCUGGAAUGGCAAACGGUUGUCGAGUUCUUCAAUACCGUGGGCAAAGAAAUCGAAACCAAAUACCAUCAUCCUAAUCCCACGACAAACGAGAUGGUCGGUUUCUGCAAGUACUGGAGUGAGCACUGGACUUACAAACUCAAUCUUAUUGACGGUCCAUCUGCCGAUCCAGCUGUGUCCCCCGAUGCAGACGCUGCCCCUGACCCAACCGAUAUCACCGGCCUAAGUACCGGACAACUUGUUCCUGUUCAUUGGCUAGCGAUUGUGUAUCCAUACCGAGAAGGUGGCGAGGAGAAAUGGUUAGAGGAAAUGCCACUGCUGGAAAAGCGUAUCAAUGGCAAUUAUAAGGCUCGGUUAUUCAUACAGGAUAAGACCAACAGCGGCGAGUACGAGGAUAUUGUUGCCAAAGACAGAAUGCAAGCGCUCAUCGAGGGGCGUACCACAGAAAGAAAUUACCGCUCACUGAGUCCAAGAGACCAAUCUCGCCUGGCUAUCCAGAGGUUGCGACCGAUGACUGGCACUUUCAAAUAUAUGCAAGAAGACACGAUCGCGAAGACAUUCGCAAAUCAGAAAAAUAGGAUCGGAGCGAUGAUAGGUCACAUUGACCGAGAGCUACACAGAACGCCGCGACAAUAUGUUCCAACGCGGUUUAACAAUUUGAAGGAGCCUGUUGACGCGCUUCCGUGGCAGGAGCAAGGGUUGGAAGAUAAAUGGGAUGCGUACAUGGACAAUGUUGUUGCGGUGGCAAAGAAGAGAGCUGCGGAUUUCAUGGAACUUCAUCUCGACAGUCUCAAAGCUGAAUGGGAGUCUUCCAAGAAAACCGAGGUGUCCAAGGACUUCGUUGGCAAUGCUCAGGCGAAAGAGAACAGGAAAAAAGAGCUGGAACAGGAACAGAAGGACAUGCUGGCUCUCAUUAAGAAGGCUGGAAAUGAAUGGGACAAGGUCAAAGACUGGAAGAAGCCGACAAACUGGAAAGCAAAGGAUGAACAGGACCCAGGAGAGGAAGAGGCUGACUAG